GACAAUUUGGGGAGCGCUACAGAGACUGAACUUUAUCCAAAGACACAUUUAAUGCAGAAGUCCUUCUGACCUAAUUCCCUGGACCUAGCAGGGCAUUCUGUGCCCAGAUGUUUCAAGCUCAUGUGUCCUUUGUGCAACUUUAAGGUGCAGUAUCAGAAACCACCGGUGUGUUUGUGCGUGUGUGUCCAUGUGGUUGAAACUAUAGUAUUUGAGAAGUAUUUGCCUGUGGGUGUGGGUGUGUGUGUGUUUGAGGAACCAUGUCGGGUGUUGGGAAAAGCCUGACGGUGAGGCGCUGCCUCACCUUUGCUACGGGCCUGGUGGAGUGUCUGUGUUUUGCUGGAGCUGUUUUUGGAUGGGCUUCCCUUGUUUUUGUCCUGAAGACAGAGGGCUACUUCAGCUCUCUGUGUGUCAACACCACAGUCAAUGCAACGCAGGUCUUAGAUUGCAGCGGGCAGGAUGAACAGUUCUCUCUGGUUUUCACCAUCGCCUCCUUUAUGAACAAUUUCUUGACGCUGCCUAAUGGUUUCCUCUUCGACCGAUUUGGUACUACAGUGGCUCGGCUCUUUGGAACAUUCCUUUAUACCAUGGGUAGCUUGAUGGUGGCUUUGUCAACUGCAGCUAUGUCCAACCUGCUCUUCCCAGCUAUUUCACUCCUGGCAGUGGGAGGCAUCUUGUUUUUAAUUACCAACAUGCAGGUUGGAAACUUGUUUGGUGCCCGUCGCUCCACCAUAAUUACUCUCUAUAAUGGUGCGUUCGACUCUUCAUCAGCACUUUUCCUUGUCAUCAAGCUGUUGCACGAGGCAGGCGUCUCUCUCCGAGCCUCCUUCCUCUUCUUGUCCGCCUGCAGUGCCUUUCACCUGCUCAGGACUUUCUUCCUGAUGCCCAGACAAAACAUUCCCUACCCGCUGCCUGAUGACUUCACUUAUGGGAUAACCUGUGGAAAAUCAAAGUCUCUGAGCUCAGAGCAGACAACAGCUUAUGGUAACGUUCAGAAGACGAGAGAGAAAGCGCUCACAGACGACCCCCUGAAACAUGAGAAGAGUUUCCGUGAGUGUUUGACGUCCAGGCUCUUUGUCCUCCAUCUGCUGUGGCUGUCAGUGAUGCAGCUCAGACAUUACCUCUUCAUCGGCACACUAAACCCCAUGCUGCAGCGGCUGACAGGGGGAGAGCCUUCAUUGGUGAGUCGGUACAUCAAUGCCUUUGCUAUAACACAGCUGUGUGGCGUGUUGUGUGCUCCCUGGAACGGCCUCAUCUUUGACAGACACAAGGGCAAACCUCGUGCUGCAGGAGAGAGUGAACAGGAAGCAGACCUACGGGCCUCAGUGCUUUCUCUCUUCUUGACGGCGCUGCAGUGUGUGUUGUUCUCAGUUUGUGCCGCCACCCCAUUACUGCCACUUCAGUACCUCACCUUCAUCCUUCAGGUGCUCAACCGCUCCUUCCUCUAUGGCGGAAAUGCAGCUUUCCUCAGUGUGGCUUUCCCGUCUUGCCACUUUGGGAAACUGUAUGGCCUGGUGAUGGCUUUGUCAGCAGUAUUUUCGGUGCUGCAAUAUCCAUUCUUUGCCUUAGUGAAUGGACCUCUGGGUGGAGAUCCGUUAUACGUGAACGUCGGUCUGACGCUGCUCAGCCUGUUCGCCUUCAUCCAUCCUCUCUCUGUGUUCCUGCACUGUCGAGGUCUCGCCUCCCAGCGAGCCGUCAGUGCAUCCUCUUAAAGUCUGUAAAAUGAGACUCUAAAAUGCAAUUAUAACCAUUCAGUUGUUUAAUGGUUAAUACCAGUAAUAUUUGUAUCUUCAAAUGCUUGUAAAUGCAUUUCAGAUUGAAUUGCCUUCACAUUCUCCAGGAUACAUGUUGUUUUUUGUUUUUUUUUGUUGUUUCUUUUGAGUGUCAGCUGAUGGUGCAGAUGUGCUCUUAACUAAGCUUUAGCAUCCGUUAGCAUUGUCUCCUUUUACAGUUACAUUUCCAUUUGCUCGCUGCUCACCAUGAUCUUGAUGUUUUUUAUGAUUCCAGCUUUAUGAAAUGUAAUCAUUGAACUUGUUCAA